AUGCAUACAAAGUUGGAAAAGCACUAUGAGCACGUGGCGGCACAUUUUGAAUCGGGGGGCUCAAAGCCCGACUGGAUGCAUUCCAAUGUCAUCUAUGGCUUGCUGCACCAACCCGCGGUGCUUGACGCGUGGAGGGAGUUGAUUACCAGGAAACAGAGCAAGUUCAACGGACACCAGCCCAUGUUCAGCUGGAACCUCGACAACACAGGCAGGCAGCAGGGCUACGUGGAGAAUGAAAGCCAGGGACAACUACAAGAUUUUCUGGAGUUUUUCGACGGGUCGAGCGAGCAGGCGCAGAGGAUAGCACAAUGUGCGUGGGGACACUGCCACGUCGUCUUGAAGCCGAAAUCGACCGAGGAAGCUGUGCCUGCCCGGGGGGCAUCAAAUCCUCCAUCACAGGACCAGUGCUCGCUAAGCCGACAGGUGACCAUCACGUCCCAGAGCCGCGGCUUGAGGAGGGUGGCAUCAACGUCCCUGAUGCCCGUCAGCAGACAGCCCACCCGGCGGGUAGCCUCCACAGACUUCCGCGAGCAUAUGCAGGGCAUGCAAUACACGAGUCCGGUCGAGCAGGGCAACCCAUACCAACAGAGUUUCAUGGCUCCUCCGCAGUCGAUACCUUCCCAGCACCACCAAAUCUCUCCUCAACAGCUGCAGGUUGAGCCAAUGCAGAUGAAUCCACGGCCGUUGUCUCUGGAUAAGGAGCUGCCGCCUGCUCCACUAGUCCCAUCCCCCAUGGAUUCGACACCGAUGGACGUGGAUUACAACAUGUUCGGUGGUGACACGAAUGAACAAUUAUUGAAGCCAGAGAUGCAGGUGCAAGACUGGCAGAGUUUCUCGAGCGCGCAGAGCUUCUCCGAUACGCAGAGCUUUUCGAGUGCCUUGAUGGAAGAGCAAGCGAUGGUGGCGCAAGCUCACAACAUGGCUGCACAAAGCCAAGGAUUUUCUAUGAGUUGGGAGGAUCUAAACCAUUAUGGAGCCCAGCACCACCGGGGCAACAUGUAA